AUGGCCUCGGCUGCCUCUGUGACCAGCCUGGCAGAUGAGGUCAACUGCCCCAUCUGCCAAGGGACCCUCAGGGAGCCGGUCACCAUUGACUGUGGCCACAACUUCUGCCGCAUCUGCCUCACCCACUACCUUGAGAUCCCCAGCCCGGACCCCGAGGAGCCCCCAACCUGCCCACUCUGCAAGGAGCCUUUCCGCCCAGGGAGCUUCCGGCCCAAUUGGCAGCUGGCCAGCGUGGUGGAGAACAUUGAGCGUCUCAAGCUGGUGUCCCGGCUGGACAUAGAAGAGGAGGACAUCUGCCCCGAGCACGGGGAGAAAGUCUACUUCUUCUGCGAGGAUGAUGAGAUGCAGCUGUGCGUGGUGUGCCGGGAGGCCUGGGAGCACCGUGCCCACACUGUGCGCUUCCUGGAGGACGCGGCUGGGCCCUACAGGGAACAAAUACAGAAGUGUCUUGAGUGUUUAAGAAAGGAGAGAGAGGAGAUUCAAGGAAUUCAGUCAAGAGAAAAUCGAAGGAUACAAGUCCUCCUGACUCAGGUGGCCACCAAGAAACAAAAAGUGAUUUCUGAGUUUGCACAUCUGAGCCAGUUCCUGGAGGAACAGCAGAGCAUCCUCUUAGCCCAGUUGGAGAGGCUGGAUGGGGACAUCUUAAAGCAUCGGGAUGAGUUUGAUGUCCUGGUCACUGGGGAAAUCUCCCGGUUUAGCACCCUCAUCGAAGAACUGGAGGAGAAGAAGGAGAGGCCGGCAAGGGAGCUCCUGAUGGAUAUCAGAAGCACUCUAAUAAGAUGUGAAACCAGAAGGUGUCGGAAACCAGAGGCUGUAUCCCCUGAGCUGGGCCAGAGGAUUCGGGACUUCCCCCAACAGGCCCUCCCGCUGCGGAAGGAGAUGAAGAUGUUUCUGGAAAAACUCUGCUUUGAGUUGGAUUAUGAGCCAGCUCACAUCUCUCUAGACCCCUGGACUUCCCACCCGAAGCUCCUCUUGUCUGAGGACCACCAGCAGGCUCGCUUCUCCUAUAAAUGGCAGAAGUCACCAGACAGCCCCCAGCGUUUCGACCGGGCCACCUGUGUCCUGGCCCAUGGUGGCUUCACUGGGGGGAGACACACGUGGGUGGUGAGUGUGGACUUGGCUCCCGGGGGCAGCUGCACCCUGGGUGUGGUCAGUAAGGACAUCCGGCGGAAGGGGGAGCUUCGGCUGCGGCCAGAGGAGGGGGUGUGGGCGGUGAGGCUGGCUUGGGGCUUCGUCUCGGCCCUGGGCUCCUUCCCCACCCGCCUGGCCCUGGAGGAGCAGCCCCAGCAGGUGCGGGUGUCUGUCGACUACGAGGUGGGCUGGGUGACCUUUGCCAAUGCCGUCACGCAGGAACCCAUCUACACCUUCACUGCCUCCUUCACCCAGAAGAUCUUUCCCUUCUUUGGGCUCUGGGGACGAGGGUCCAAGUUCUCCCUGAGCUCCCAAGAGAGUGCAGCUACCCUUCCCUAA